UCGAUGAAAUAGUCAGGGAGUUGUCGGUUUCCCGCACAUGUUUCACUGGAUUCUCUCAUGUCAGACUCGUGCUAUUGUUGCAUGAAACCUGACGUCAUUGACGCGUGCACAGUUUCACAACAUUUGUAAGGAAUACGCGGUGAAACUUUCUAAGCUCCACACCUUGCUAGAACAUCUAGAAUCAGUGCCUGACUUGAAAGUCGUGUAUGUAUGUAUGAAUGGACAGUCAUAACCUUCUUCACAGCCCUGCAGAUUUCAAGGUUGUGGACAAUAACUACCACAAGUCCAUUAAGCCUACAUCACGUGAGCCCAGAUUUAGUGGAAGUCGAUUGCAGAGGAGAAGAAACUAUUGCUUCGGGGACAUGGAUUAGAUCUCGUAACAUCACCAUGCACUCUGAUGCCGGAUUCACUCUUUAUGCCGAUAAUGCAACAUCCAGACGUAAUUCGUGUUGUUCACUAUGCAUUCCAAAUGUGAUGAGUGAUUCUAAUGUGUGUUCGCCAGGACAAGGAAAAAACGAGGGGUACAUUUUGCAAAUUCGACUUUAUAUUUCGAUUCCAGCAAAACGUAGACAUGUGAAGAAAACAAAUAGAGUAGCUAUAUGCCAGGGAGGUGACGUUCACUUGCUCUGCAAUGUAAACAGUUCAUCACGGACGUCCAUCGCAUGGCGAAGAACGUGGGAUAAUGUUUUGUUUAAGGAUGAAUCUUUGGUGAUUUCUAAUGUUCAAAGGGAAGAUGAAGGAAUUUACUUAUGUGAAGCAACUGAUGAAAACGGCCAUGUUGUAAAAAGUGACGUCAUGCUACUUGUUGAAUUUCCUCCUUUGAUCUAUGUGCCAAAUGAAGAGGUUAACAUUACCAUUGAAUCGGAAUGUGUCUUACAGUGUAUUGUGGAGGGACUUCCUGCUCCGGAAAUCUUGUGGUUUAAAGAUAACACUGUUCUCGAUGAAAGAACAUACCCAUAUUAUAAUUCAUCGAUCGAAAAGACCGAAAACUGUACAGUGUUUGCCACUUUAACAAUAGCAGCAAGUUUACUCUCUGGGGCAUCUAAUAACAGUAGCAUUGGGAAUUAUACUUGUGAAGCAACUAAUAAACACGGCAGAACCCGAGCUUAUCUUCAGCUUGUUGAAGUCUAUGGAAUCACCAGUAAUGUGACAAUUAGAAAUACACAAGAAGAGAACAAUCCUAAGAAGUUCAAUGUAACAGGAUUUAUUGUUGGGAUGCUUCCUCCACUCUUUAUCUCUUUUUACAUCAUCCUGAAGCUUGGAUACCGAUCUCGCUAUGCAGAGGAACGUGCUGAAGAACAAGGUAUGCGAGAGGAACCUUUUUUUGUCAGUUACUGAAGGCUUCGAUAAACACAUGAGAUAUUUAAAGAACCACAAGAGUUAGUAAUCACUUUUAUAACAACAAAACAUCUGCCAAUAACAAGUGCAAAACACGAGAACAAAAGUAACCAUUUGACAGAGCCUUCAAAAAAGGUCAUAUCAGUUUAAAGAAAACAGAACAAACCUUCUUUGAAGAUUGAAUACUGUCCUUCCUUUAUAGUAAAGAUACUGUGAUAAGAAGAGAAGCAGUUUUGUCAACACAAGGAUUAGAUAUGCUAGAAAUGUGUCGAAGUAAGAUUUAAAAUAAAUACAGAAAAUAUUGUAGAAAGGUUUUAAAAGGUGCAAUAGAAUAAAUCUAUCACUAAUUUGUUUCAUUGAAUUUUAUCACCUACAUUCAAAUUACGUUUUUUUCCCUAUAAGAGCUCUUAUAAGUUAAUAUCAACAACAUUGAUUACAACCUUUGAACAAAUGAAAAAAAAUGGAGAAUGUAACUGGGAUUCACCAAAGUGCUCUUAUGUACAACUAAAGACUCGAUAAACUUAUCAUAUUCUAUUAUUGCAAGAUUGAUCUAUUUUAAUCUUUACUUGGAGUACUAAUAAACCAAAACUAAUGAGUAUUGUUGAACAUGUGUGGAAAAUUAUCAGUAAUGUUUACUUUUAAGAAACAGGUCAAAUUUAAAUUGAUGAUGCAUUGAAGAUGGCGAUUGUAACUUGACAAUGUCCUAUUUAUGUAAAGUAAUAAUGUACGUUACCAUUCAAAUAAUUUAUGACUUAAAAUUCGACUUUGUUAGAAUAAUGUGUUCAACUAAAGUAACUGAUACCAGAGCUACUACAUAUACGUCACAUUAGAGACCACAUUAUACAUUUAGAAUUUUUGGCAUAGAUUUCGAUGUAGUAUUUUUUAACUAGUGCGAUUGCUCUAUGCUUAAUUUUGUAACUCAAUAGUAUAUCUGAUACUUUACCAGGUUAUACUAAUAUUAUUGGAUAAAAAAUAGUUCACUAAUUAAAGCUGGGUUAUUUAAAACAUUCAAGCUAAACAAACAGCUUAUCCGCCUUGAAAAGUCCUGCUUUUGCUAACUGCUAAUUUAAGUGAAUAAGAAGUUAGGAUGUCAUUUUAAAAUUUUAUAUGUCAGGUAAUUCGAACUCUGAAAGAUAAGACACACAAUGAUAAAGACUGAGCUCGUGUUUUUCAAACUUUUCUGGAAAUCCAGAAAAAAAUAGGUAGUGUGUUCUUUUCUCUGUUCGUCCUCCUGAAAUACAUGCAAAAAAUACCAGGUGUCUCGCUAAUUCUGAAUGUUAGCUGUUACAAGUUCAACGACAAAUCAGUGUAACUUAUUUCUCUAUCUCUUAAUAUGGUUCUACGAGCUUCAGAAUUAUUUGUAUUUCUACAAAAUGUUAAGACGUGUUUUAGCUUUAAAGUCAUUAAACAAGAAACAACAUAUCUUCAAAAUUGUAUUUUUUGUUUACAAUUUGUUAAUUAUUUCUAAAAACUUUCGAAAGUUAUGACGCUAAACGUAAUAAUUUUGUACAUUUAAAUUUAUAUUGACCAAAGCUUAAAAGACAAUUAGAUUCCUCUAUCAAAUUUGUUGAGGCAUCGUUCAGUGCGCCUCUACAACACUUACUAAUGAUCAUACCUAAAACGUCAAAGAAGGUUCCCUUUAGUGUUAACGGCGUUCAUUACAUAAACCUUCAUUGAUUUUACACAGCUGCAAGUUUAAAAUAUAACUUAACGAGGAAGUGAGUAAUUAUUUUAUUACAAAUUCGAAAGUGUGUUUCUAUUUUUGCAACAAGUAAUGUUUUAGAUCAUUUGACUCAAAAUUAGCAUAAAUAUAUGUUAAUCCAAUUAAACUAAUCUUGCAAAUAGUUGGUAGUAUGAACCAUUCCAUCUUGUACUAGACUAAAAUCUUAGAAUUAAAGGCAAUCACUGGAACUAGUGUUUCCAGAAAAUUAAAAACGUGUAAGAAAACAAAUAUUAUGACUUUAUAUAUUUGCGAAUUUGUCAUUUUCACGUUGGAGAUCAAUCAAAUAAUUUAAGAAAUCAAGUCACAAUAUGUCACCUGUCACAAUAAUUUGUUAAUCAUAAGAGGGUUAGAACUGUUUAAUGUCAUUUUAAACGUUUAAAUAAUUUGAAGAUAUCUUGUAAUGUGCAUAGGUGGAUAUAAAAUAAUGGGUUUGAUUCUAAAGUGUACAUACUAGUCACCUAUGAACAUGCAUUGAAUAUACAUAAUGAUAGUGUAUUAUUUGGGUUUACUGAAUGUUCACAUUGGUUUUCAUAAAUAUUGAUAUUAUGUUAUCCCAACAUAAAACAUUUAUCACUGCAAUCAUUAAGUAUCGUAGAUUACAAAUAAAGAAUUUUUUUUUUAUUUACAUAACAAGCGUGAACUUAACAGUCGAUCACUGUUUUAGGAAUUUACUAGCUACUUAACAUAUAUAUAUAGUGACAUGAAUAAGAAACAAUAUAAAGUAAAUAGCUAUUCACUGCAUACAACAAUUGAAUGAUAACUAGAAUGUAUAGUAUUUUAGUUACGUUAGUACAAAAAUCGCUGAUGUAAAAGAACGUUGCUCGAUUCAUUUUGUGCAAAUCAGGCAUUUGAUGAAGAGGACGAUUCACCACAAAUGAUUAGUCCUUCAACCUAUGUUCGUGAAUGAAUAUUUCAUAGAGGUAACUUUAUACCUUUAUAGCUCAUUACUGUUCUAUCCCCCCCCCCGGUGGGGCAGCGGUACGUUAACGAAUUAACAACGGUAACAUCCUGGGGUCGAUUCCCCAUGGUGGACACAGUAGACAGCCCAGUAUGGUUUUGUUCUACAACAAACAACAAAAUACUUGUUUUCUCAGUGUGAAGUGUGGUCACAAUGAACAGCAAAUAUGCCUAGAUGCUGAUGUUGAAUGCUUAAAAUCAGUGUUGAACACUCAAUCUUUCGUGUAAAGUCAUGAUUAGUGUAUCAAAUUAUUUGGCAGGGUGUAACGCGUCCCCCAUGAGCAUCCUUUAAAUAGUGAACUGUACUGGAGUCCGGUGAGCGUUCUAGCCACUCUUCUUCAAGGAAAAUUCCGACCAGUUUAGUAUAAUGAGAAUGGGAGUUUUCAACCAAUAUACUGAAGUCAUAGCCAAUUGCACCAGCAAAUGGAAGUACAAAGGAUCGUAGGAUGUCAUUCCGAUAAAGUGUGAGCUAUUCAGCAUAAUGUAGAGUUCUAAACGUUCGUCAAUGCUUCUUCCUGUCCACAUCACAUUUCCCCCACCUCCAUAAGUAAAAAUGUGGUCCGAUCUGGUUCAAUAUUAAUUCGAAAUAAGUAUGCGCCUGUUAUAUUUCUGCAUGGUGAAUCGCGACUCAACUGAAAAAAUACCAUUGCUCCACAUACAGUUCUUACAGCAGACGUGUUCUUGAUAUCGUGCUUCAAUGAUCGUCCGUUAUGAAGUUUCUAGCUGCCUUUACACUUUCACUUACAUUUUGUAGCUGCGAAAUUUUGAUUCACUCUCCAAUUCGACAGGUAUCGGUCAUUUAGGUAGGUUGUGAAUGAUAGUUUUCCCCGUUCAAGUGUCUGAGCAACUGAACUAUUAGUUUAAAAAGAUUCCAUAUUCUAUUAACAACACUUCAAGACACUUGUGCGCAAUUCGAAAAAUUCUUGGUGUGAUUGGUUAACUUCCAUUCGUUCGAUGAUCUUUCACAUGAAUGAAGCACUCAAAUGGCUUCGUUAAGUUUUCUCCGUGGUUUAUGAACAACACUUUAAGUCUAUGAAUUACUACACAGUGAUAGCUGUCACAUAACUGUAUAAGACCUUUCUAUAUAGACCAGGCUUAAUGAUCAAUCAUUUCCAUUUUUAAGUCACAUGACUUAUGUAUGAUCAACUGCCUGAUAUACAUAAAAAUGGACUGGAGAUUGGGUUAACAUUAUUUUAUAACAGUGGUUUUGUUGUACUACUAAAAAUUCUGAUUAUUAUAUAACUGUUUUUUUCAGUCUACUAAUAUUCUUUAUUUUAAAAAUCCUAAAUAAUUUCUCAAUAUUAAAAUCAAUACUGAUGUAAAAAUAAAUGUUUGGAUCUAUUUUAUACUGGCCCUACAAAUGUAGAUAAAUUGAAAAACAUAGAAAGCUUCUGUUCAUAUUAUUAUUAAAUAUUUGACGUUCACAAAUACUCGUUAAUCUUGAAGAACGUUUUAUAGUUCUACAUAAUUUUUGAAUUUUAACAAAGUUUACACAUUUGUUUUGCUGUUUACAGCCGAUAUUCUAUUUCCUGAUAAUUCGAAACGUUAUGCAAAUGAUAUGAAAUUUGCUGUUUUACUUAAUCUUUAUUUCCUUACUCAAUGAAGAAAGGAUUUCGAGUGAGAAAACACAAAUUCAGGAAAUAAUCUUGUUUUAUCAGUUAGAUAUUACAGGUUAAUCUGAAGAACGUUGCUGGGUUGAUUUGUUGAUCAACAAAAAAUAUAUAUACCAUAUGUUUAAGCUACACCUGUUUAAUACGGAUAUUUUCAAUGCUGGGAUUUGCAAAUGUACACACAUAUAUAUAUAUAUAUAUGCACAGCCUUAAGAAUUUUUAUCUAUGUUGUUUAAAGUUUUACACAUCUAUUUGUAGAGCAAUGAGAUCCUACUUCUAUAGAAAUAUCAUAUUUAUUGUAGAAUAGAUUAGAAACAUUAUAUGCAUAGUUUGAAAUAAUUUUAUUAUAUCUGUUGAUGAGUCACAUUAUACUGAAUAUUCUACAUUGGGAUAUAAUAUCACAAACUUAAGCAAUGAGUAACGUCAGUGUUAACUAUUUAUUGUUAUUCACGAUAUUAUUUUAUUCUAAGUACCAUUACAUUUUGCUUGUGCAUGUAUUGAAAUAUGCUUUUAAAAUAAAUGAUAUACCACAGUUAUAA